UACAAGGACGCUUUCAACAAAAGUAAUAGCUACCCCCUAUUUUUCAUACAGAUGGAACAAGACCUAGGGUGCAAGAUUAUGGUCAGAGGAAAAGGCUCCAUGCGAGACAAGCGAAAAGAAGACCAAAAUCGUGGGAAACCGAAUUGGGAACAUCUUCAAGAAGAAUUGCAUGUUCUGGUCAGCGUUGAAGAUUACGAGAAUCGAGCUGAAUUACGUCUUCAACACGCCGUAAAUGCUAUCACGGUCUUCCUUGAGCAAGGUUUAAGAACAGUAAGUCAUAAAAUAGUCUAUUUUACGAUUUAA